GGUGGAGUCCAUCGGGGAGGGACUGGCCCUUGGGCCGCCCAUAAAGCCUAGGGCGAGGGGCCCAACGCCUUCUGAAGGAGUCCUGGAGGGUCUGUUUGGUCUGACAGACCCCACAGGCUCCGGCGUGGUCGGCGCUCUGCGGUGUCAUGCCCCGGGGCCCCCAGGCUGCGCCAGGCUGGGCGCUGUUGCUGCGGUUGCUGGCCCUGCUGCGGCCCCCCGCGCUGAGCGAGGCGUGCAGCUGCGCCCCUGCGCACCCCCAGCAGCACGUCUGCUAUUCAGCGCUAGUGAUCCGGGCCAAAAUCGCCAGUGAGAAGGUAGUUCCUGCCAGUGCAGACCCUGCCAACACCCAAAAAAUGAUCCGGUAUGAAAUCAAACAGAUAAAGAUGUUUAAAGGGUUUGAGAAAGUCAAGGAUGUUCAGUAUAUCUAUACACCUCUGGAUUCCUCUCUCUGUGGUGUGAAACUAGAAGCCAACAGUCAGAAACAAUAUCUCUUGACUGGUCAGGUCCUUAAUGAUGGAAAAGUCUUCAUCCAUCUGUGCAACUACAUCGAACCCUGGGAGAACCUGUCCUUGUUGCAGAGGGAAAGUCUGAAUCAUCAUUACCAUCUAAACUGUGGCUGCCAAAUCACCACCUGCUAUACAGUGCCCUGCACCAUCUCGGCCCCCAACGAGUGCCUCUGGACAGACUGGCUAUUGCAGCGGAAGCUCUAUGGGUACCAGGCCCAGAAUUAUGUUUGUGUGAAGCAUGUUGAUGGCACCUGCAGCUGGUACCGGGGCCGCCUGCCCCUCAGGAAGGAGUUUGUGGACAUCAUCCAGCCCUAGGGACCAGUGGCUACCACAUCCCCCUGAGAGUUCUGAAGACCAAGCUAGUUCUUCCCUGCAGACCUCUGACCAUCACCACCUGCCUCAUCACUUCCAGACAGUGGGAAGUAUCAAGUGGACAAUCUGCCAGGGCUUAAGGCAGGGAUGGGGGCACAUUACAGCUUGUAUCCAAGAUUCCAGCCCAGAACCUGUCAAGAGCUAGGGAAGGUCACAUGACUUUUCUGUCCGGUUCUCAGCCUUUCUCCCCUGCCUCUCAACCCCUUUAGUCUAGCUUGUGCCUCUUACUGAGAGUUUCCCCUUGAUUCUGGCUCAGUUUAUUUGCGAAAGCCAUUCAUUCCCCCCCAAAGUGUGUUUUCUUUUGUCUUAACUGAUUUGAUAGGGGAGAAAUGGUGAAUAUUAUACAUGUAAGAUGGUGUAGUCUUGUGAUGUACAACAUCAGAAGGUGGUUGACAGUAUCAUAAACAGGCUGACUUGGGGCAAUGAAAAGAACAGUAUACCAUGGCUGUGUAUCCUCUACCCCUCCUGCCUCAACUCAUCCUGAUCCUCUGAGAUACUUUCAUCUGUCUGUAGGAGUGACUUGGGGGUAGAGAGUCACUCAGUAUGACAGCUAGAAGGGUCUAACCUCCCUCCUCAUACUGGAGUCCCCACUAUACCAUUCCUGGCAGAGGGUCCGACCCAGUUAACUCAUCUCUUUAGACAGGAAUAGACUUAGAUAUUGACUCUCCAGGUUAACUAUCCCCAGUGCCCUCAAAUGAUGUCCACAAGGCUUUUCUCCUAUCUCUUUUAUCCAUUCUGCCACUCUGUCUUUUUAUUGGUGCAUUUAGCCCGUUUACAUUCAGUGUAAUUAUUGAUAGGUUCUCCUAUCUCCCUUAAAGAGUCCUUCUCUACUAGAUUACUAAUGUCUUUGUUCCCACUUCAGAGCUCUUUUUAAUACCAAAAUUCCUUUCUCUUGUACAAUUUAAAUCCUCUUCAUCAGAUUUUUGACACUCCAGAGAGAUCUUAUGAAGUCCUCUCUUGAGGGCAAAGUUUGGAUGAGGGACAGAAGAGAAAUAACAUAAAAUAUGAUAGGUAGGAAGUAUACUUUACAACUGUUAUUUUUUACAGUGGCCAGCCCUGUGUAUGUGUUGCAGCAGGAAAAAGCCAGCUUUGAUACCCCAGAGAGCACCCCCAUCCUUCAGCUCAUUCCCCUCACCACUGUGUCCUGGACUCCCAGAGACCUCCGGGCAGAGGCUUCUUAGGGCUCCUUAGCCUCUGCAAGGCUUCCUGACUUGCCUGAAAGGGAAAGCCCUGAUGUUGGCCUCACGGAUUUAUUAAGGACAGGGGCUUAAAAUUCCAGACUUUUUCCCUGGGGAAGCUGUGGCAAAGAUGAAGGAGAUGGUUCUUUUAAAGGCCCAAGGUUGUUAUUCAUCUUCUGUGUGUGGUUUGCCGAUGAGCAGAGCCAUGCACAAUGUGGCAGAGGAAGGCUCUGGAUUCAUAGAAAUGGUACAGGUGGUGAUCUGUUUUGGAGAAGGGCGUUGGAAGGGAAACAAACAUGAUCUCUGUCCCAGAGUACAACGCUUAGAACACUUGGCAGAAAAUCUCCACUGGUGGGUUAAGCAGGAUCACAACCUGACCACACAGGCCUGGGGCAGAGGAUGUGGGAACAUGGGAGAAGAAGAAAGUUUUGAGUUCUAGGUUGCCGUGGAGGAAAAACAUUAGCAAUAGCCUCCUUACCAACCAAUCAUCGCACCUUUCUGCUCCCUCUGACAUCCUAGGGUGGCCUGAGAAGGCAUAGGGUUAACCUGAGCCUUAUCACAGUCUUGAGGAAGCCAAGGAAAGGAAGAGUCUGGUGAAUAAUAGCAGAAACAAUACCUUACAUCUGGGGAGUGCUUUACACUUUUCCAGAAGGCUAUUACUUAAAGCAUCUCAUUUAAUUUUGUAAGUACCAUAUUAGAUAUCCUGGUCAGGAAUAAUUAUGCCCACUUGACUCUCCUCUCAGGACACUGACAGAUGGUGAGGGAGGGUAACUGGUCCAAUGGCAGAGCUCGGGCUAGAAUCGGAGCAGUGGGAACUUCUGAUUGUUGGUCCAUAGGUUUGUUACUUUUUCUUCCCUUGUUUCUGCUCUUCUCUAUCCUGUCUCCAGAUUUUGAAGACAAGCUAAAAUACAGCCACUCCCGCCCCAUAAUGCAGCUCCAUAGUCCAACCCCAAUGGGGUCUUUGGGGUUGAGAUGCUGAGGCCCUUGCCAGGGCCCCAUUGUCACCGUGUGGCUAAGUUCGGAGUGGAAACAACAGAGAGACCAAAGUCCCCACUCAGCCACCUACCAUCUCUUUGUGGUUGGGAUAGUAAGUCUGCUCAAUGAGUGGGAACUUUUCUCCUCCCAGUGUCUUGUAAAUGGCCACCAUCUGGGCAAACUGCAAAAGAGAAGCAAAUGUUUAAGUUUAUUUAAGACAACUUUGGGAACAGACAGAUAAAAUAUCAGUCAACCAAACAAAUAUUUAUUGAAAAUUUGCUCUGUUGAGGGCUUUGUGCUAAGUGCUUUGAGGAUAUAAAAAAGGUGUACAAUUCCCAUCCUCAAGGAACAUAUGGUUUAGUUGGGGGAGGGAGAAAGAGUGAACUAACAUACAUUAUUUACCCACUUUUAAUGGUAUUUAAUUCAAUCCUCAUAUCAAAUGGAUAAACUAGGUAUUUAUCAUCUUCAUUUUACAUAUAAGGCUCAGAGAGGGUCAGUAACGUAUCUAAAGUCACAGAGCUGCAAAGAGGUGAAGUUAGGAUUGAAACUUGGGUCUCUUGACCCACGAGAUGAUGGUAAAAGAUGAGCUGAAUAGCUCAUGGCCAAGUCAUGGGAGUUCAAAUGUCAGAUAAAGGAACUGUAGCUUUUUUCAAUACACAGUAUGGAGUCAUCAGAUUUUGAGCAGUGAUGUCAUGAGUGGACCUGUUCUUCAGGAAGAUUUAGAUGGUCACAGUAUACAGGAUAGACAGACCCAGUAUUCUGGGACUUACUAGCUAUCCAAAGACUGAACUCACUGGAACUUCUCCUACCUAUGAGAAACUAGAACAGUUCCAUGGUGAGGAGGAGCUCAUACAUACAGUGUCAGGGUUAAAAGGUCUUUGGCAACAUCUAGCAUCACCCUCUACCCUCCCCCUGCCACACACACAUUCUAUACAUGAGGAAACCGAGGCACAGAAGUCACUUGCUCAAGGUCACACGGUAGUUGAGCCAGAUUUAUUCCCAAUCCUUAAUUCUCCCUACUCCUUCAAGUAGCUGCCUUUCAGGCUCUGCAGACACCAUGUUCUUCCUACAGGAAACACAAAGGACCCCUGCUCAGUCCUUUCACACACCACCCACAUACCCAUCCCUGGUGCCCUGGCAGCUGGGAGAAUCCAGUGUCUUCUCUCUAGUACUACUGGAUUAGUUCACACUCCAUGCCACCUGAAUCUGGAAUUCCUAGGAGAAAAUGUUGCCAGAUCAAAAUUAUCUCUUUUUACCAGAGAAGGGGAAGCUAGAACAUUUUUUAAAAGCUCAUGUCUUGUUCUCUAAAAGGGAUGUCGGCACAUAAGCCAUUGAAGGUGAGGUGGGCUGGGGCAGUAAAAGUUCAGAACAGGGUUGUUAAAAAACUGCAGUCUUCUGGUUCUUGUUCUGCCUCUAAUUUGCUAAGUGUCCUUGGUCAAAUUUUCCUCUCUGGGCCUCAUUUUCUUCAUAUAUAAAAUGAGAUGGUUGAAUUUGAUUGGUUCCUUAACCUUUUUACCACACACACACACACACACAAAAUCCUUUUGUUAUAUUUCCUCUCAAACUCCAUUAUAAAACAGCAUUUUAAGUGAUGACUUGUUGUGGUCCUUUUGUGGGUAAAUAUAGAACUUUGUCACCAUUUUUGAAAUGCUAGAAAACACUGGAAUUCUUGGCUCACUCCUUUAGUGACACACAGUUGGUGAUUCUAGAUCCCUAAGGCCUCCUCCAGGACUGAAAGUAUGAUUCAUGGGCUCUCAACCUCUAAAGAUUUUAUUGUUGAAAGAGACUUUAGAGAGCCUCUAGACUAGCCCUCUCCUUUUAUAAAUGAGGAGAUUGAGGCUAGGAAGCAGGGAAAGGGUAGGCUCCCAGACCACACCUGGAGUUGGGCUGAGCUGGGACAGCACCCAGGUCUCUUUUCACCUUGCCCAGCGCAUUCUCCAUUAUACCUUGCUGUCACACCAUUCUUUGGUUUUUCAGCUUGCUUUGACCAUCAAGACCAAU